GGUGGAAAGUUACCAUGCAACCUGGACGACAACCAUCCCUUUUUUCCAAUUUUUUAGGUUAAAUUGGGGUAAAUAAACAUAAAUAAAAAUACAAAAAAAAUGGAAGUAAAAAGACAAGUUCCUGAGAAAAGCUGUAAGGUAGAAACAGAUAAUAAUGAGGUGAAUCUAUUAGAUACCUUUAAAGUUGAGGAUAAAGAAGAACCAAAAACAGAAAUUAUAUACAUGUAUGAUACAUUUGAUUAUUUAGACAAGGAAAUCCUCAUAAAGGCUGAAAUAGAAAAAGAUGACCUUAGCUUUUCUCCAUUUGAGGAAAAACAAAGUCAAAAAGAACUUCAAGAAUACAUUGCUGUACCAGGAACGUCCCAACAAUACAUUGGUGAUCGUAAAUGGAGCAGUUACGAGACAAAGGUAUUGAUUAACCUGUAUGUCAAUUAUAAAGAACAGGUGGGAAGCUUUGAGAUAAGAAACAUGAAGAUGUUAUGGCAUACAAUAGCCAGUGACUUAAAUAAAAUGGGUAUAAGUGUAACUAAAGAUAAUUGUUUAAACAAGUGGAGGGUACUGGAGAGAGGAUAUAAAAAAUUUAAAGAUAACCAAAAUCAAACUGGAAAGAGAAGGAAAUUUUUUGAAUUUGAAAAAGAAAUGGAUGAAGUUUUUCAGGCCAGAAAGAAUAUACAUCCAGAGAGGAACGAAAGUAAUGAGAAAGACACAGAGGAAGUUGUUGAAACCAAUACAGUUAUACAAACAACUUUCAAGAAACGGAAGAGAAACGAUAGUUUCAAAAGAAGGACGGUCAUGGAUCAGAUACGAAUAGACCAAAAGCAUUACCAAGAUGAAAGGAUAGGUAUUGAGAAAGAGAAAUUAAAAGAGAUGAAAAGACGCAAUGACUUGAUUGAAAAUAGGAAUUCUAUUUUCGAGAAAUUACUAAAGAUACUAAAUAAAAAAUUUAAAUAAAUUUCAUUUCUUUUAGUUUUAGUUUAGAAUUAUUACUUAAGGUUAGUUUUAUAUUUCUUCUAGUUUUAUUGAGUCUUCUAAGUGUAAUUGAUUAUUUUUAAAUUUAUUUAUACUUUUUUUGUAUUAUAGUUAAUUGCAUUUUA